AUGUCAAAUAUGAACCCAACACAUUUUCUUGGAGCUGGGAUGAGCAUGCCAAAUCAGUUGGUAACUAUGAAUGCGGCUGGUCAAAGAGUUCUGACCCCGAUGCAACUAACUGCCAUGGCACAAGCACAACCAAACCUCAAUUCGGCAUAUAACUAUAAUCUCGGCUUUCCGACAAUGUUAGCCGCUAACACAACUAACAUGGGUGCAAGAGUACCGCAACUUCACCUUGUAGCCUGUCUGGCGGAAGGGUUCCCGUUAUUUCCCAGCUGUGUCAAAAGCUUCUUGAAAGUUAAACAUGGCACACCUCCUUUAAAUCAGGGUCGAGGCAUACUAAGAAUAAUGCUCUUUGCAGACUAUUUAGGAGGCGAGCAUGAUCCAACGAAGAAAAUUGAUAAAAAAGAUAUCAUGUAUUGGACACGGUUCGUAACAGAAUUCUUUACAGAAGACGGCACGAUGCGAUAUACAUUAUGGAAUUCAAAGACACAAGAACCAAGAAGUUUUGAUAUUGCAAAUUCAGUAAUACCAAGAUAUUACCAAGUGAACUUUGACUCUGGCGUGACCGGCAUACAACUAAUACUUGGUCACGCACGGGAACAUGUUUCCCCCGGUUACAACGGACUUCACGCAGGUCACACAGUUGACUGUCCGCGGGCCACCAUGAUAUAUAGCUACGAAAACGGAACGCGGAUUGUUGCGACAGGGCACUUGAGAGUUAGAUUGACGUUGGCACUGAAAAUUGAAUACAUGGAUUUCGCUACAAGAAAACACGAGGAAUAUAUACCAAGAGAAGCAAAAGAUAUUCUUCCACCAAGUCCUGUUAAUGAUUACGGGAUACCAGUGAAAACACUUCGAAGCUUGGAGAUAGCUGAGGGAGUAGCACAAUUAGAUGACCUAAUAACGAUAACACUGCAUUCAAAUCAAGGACCUAGAAGUAAGGCAAUGUUCAUAUUCUUAAAUGUUCGGAAAUUUCCCAAAUAUGACGAAUAUGGCAAAUAUGAAUAUGACGAACAUGAACAUGCCGAAUAUGACGAACAUGAACAUGCCGAAUAUGCCGAAUAUGAUAUAAAAAAUGAGCCUGCUACUCCAAAAUUGCCGGCAAAGCCAUCACCGCGAAUUAGUGGUAAUGAAGAAAAAAGACCAGCCGAACCAGGACCAGGGAACAAUAAAAAACGGCGUAAUACCAGGAAAGCUAGUCGUCAAGAUUCUACAUCAUGA